GAAGCGCAACCAAGAACAGAAUAUACUUUGGUAGAUUGCAAAUUUACAUAUGCAUAUGUAAAGGUCUGUACAUACAACGGUAGGCUAUUGUAAAUGGCGUUUGGUAUUAUUAUAGCUUAUAGACCGUCUCAAACAUCGGCAAUUUAGUUUGUGGUGCAUCAAGAAUUGAAUUAAUAUUCUUUACCUCCUGAGCUUAUUUAUACAAUUUGGUUGUCAUGGAUCUGAAAGAAUUCUUUAAAGACUUUAAUGCCAGCAAAUUCAUGUUCUUCGUAUUUUUUCUUCCGCUAUCUGUGCUCGUAUCACUGAAGCUGAAUGGCGACAUUAAUUGGUCGAUGUGGGUGAUAUUUAUCCCAAUGUGGGGGCUAAACUUUCUCGUCAUACUUGGCGCAAUUGUUGGAAGCGUUGUGUGGUGCAGACAUCCUGAAUUUAGAGCUGAGCGGGAAGGAUUCGUGGACUACAAAGCAAUGCUUAUAGCAGUUGGAAUGCAUCUCCUGUUGCUAAUGUUUGAAUUACUCCUCUGUGAUAAUGUGGAGGGGGGUGGUCGUAACAUGUGGAUUCUUGUUUUCACCCCUCUGUUCUUUGCUGCCCCGGUGGCUAUUGCUGCUUGUGUUUGGGGGUUUAAACAUGAUAGAUCACUUGAGUUAGAGGUUGUACUAUCAACAAACGUGCUUCUUUUCAUAUUCAUUGCACUCCGGUUGGAUAACAUAAUAUUAUGGCCAUGGACAACUGUGUUUAUUCCCCUGUGGAUUAUCAUGUGCUUGCCAUGUAUUGAAGUUAUUUAUUACUUCAUAUGGACACUCAUUUUUUUAAGAUCAACCUUUCCUGAAUCUGACCGUCGUUCCCACUUAGUGAUGGCACUUACAUGGCUGAUGGUGGUUCUACCACUGCUUACUUUUCAGGUUCUGCUUGCCUAUAGAUUAGAUGGAAUAAACCAAAACUCGUGGAUAACAAUAUUCAUCCCACUUCACAUAAGCAUAGUGGCAAUGCUGGUUGGGACGUUUUGCAGCAAGGGUGGAAACAAAUGGUGGUUUGGUAUCCGUAUGGAUUUUUGUCAAUUCAUGUUGGAAAGUUGUCCCUUUCUUCGCUUGUACGGGAACAUCUCAUACAAAUUCCCACCUACUGAGGAGCCAGCACCACCUGUCAGCCAAGAGCCACGAGGAUCUAAAUACUCUCAAACUAUUUAUAUACAAGGGUCUGCAAGGUAUGACUGUGUAGUGCCAGUCGUGUCUAUUGAUACACCUGAUUGAAAAUGUGAGAUUAAGUAACAAACUGUCUCAGUCGUACAGAUGUUGCAUGCCAGGCAUGAAAAUAUUCCAACACGUUGUAGGUUCUAAAACUUGUUUGUUUGCUACAUGUUUCCUUUUGUAGUACUUAGGACAAAUAUAUUGUCAAUUGCUAUGAUUAAAAUGACAAAGUACUGAUUAAUAUCAGAUCAUAAGUUGACCAACACUAUUUUCUACUUUUAAUUCUCAAUGAUUAAUGUUUUGCUGCUUUGUGUAUCAAAAAUCAUAAACGCAUUGAAUUUCAAUUCACCCUGUUUUAAGACCACGUAAUUUUGAAGACAAUAUACUUUAGUACACCAAGCUUUGAAAAUUAAAUACUCUCAAAUAUUAAAAUUAAAUACUCUUAAACUACUUAAUAACAGUGCCAAUGUAUAUUCAUUGCUUAAGUCUAUAAAAUAAUCAUCGUUUUAUUUUUGCAUCCUGUUUGUCAUUCUACCUAACCACUGUGAAAAACUUAACAAUAAAAUCUCGCUCACAAGAUAG